UCUCUGAAUCGGAUAUUUUUAAAUGCCUCAAACCAUACCUGCUCCAUAUCUUCUUUCCUAUCCGAAAAAUCUCUAUCUCACAUUUGGCCAAUUGCUGUGACUGGUGACUGGUGCCUGGUGCCCGGUGCAGACAGAUAAGAAAAUUUGUGUUUGUAAAGUGGGAGUAAACAGAAUGAAACAGAAAACAUGGGAGUUUUAUCAGUGGCUCAAAAGCCAAACCCAGAAGGAAUACUGAUUCAUACUCCCUCUUAUAAUCACCAUCACCAAAACCUAGAUCUCUCCUCUUCUGGAUUAUCUCUCCUCAAGGUGCAGAAAACUAGUGUAAAGUGUAGCAUUUUUGCUAGUAAACAAAGCAGUUAUGUCAGAGGCCAAUUUCAUAGCAACUCUUUCUUUAAAUAUGAUUCUUUUUUUGCUCACAAGAGAAUUCAAACAGGAGCUGUGAUUUCACCAUCUUGUAUAUAUCCGUUGACUGAAGAAAACGUGGAGAAAGUACUCGAUGAGGUACGCCCUGGCCUCAUGGCCGAUGGAGGGAAUGUGGCGUUGCACGAAAUCGAUGGUCUAGUUGUGGUGCUGAAGCUACAAGGAGCAUGUGGGUCUUGCCCAAGUUCAGCCAUGACUUUGAAGAUGGGAAUUGAAACUCGUCUACGUGACAAGAUCCCCGAAAUUCUAGAAGUCGAGCAGAUAGUAGACACUGAGACAGGUCUCGAGCUCAACGAGGAAAAUGUUGAAAAGGUACUUGCUGAGAUUAGGCCAUACUUAUCAGGCACUGGAGGCGGAGUGCUUGAGCUCGACAAAAUCGACGAUUAUGUUGUUAGAGUGCGGUUGAGUGGCCCUGCCGCUGGUGUCAUGACAGUACGCGUUGCUCUUACACAGAAGUUAAGAGAAAAAAUCCCUUCGAUUGCAGCUGUCCAGCUGAUAGACUAAAAUUCCAAGCACAAAACAAAAUUUUGUUUGAGCCAUGGCCAAAGCUGUUCUUUUUCAAAACAUUGCUUAGGUUUACAAAACAAACCAUUAUCUAAUACAACAAAUUUGAUGUUGUUGAUACAUUUCGGGUUCAUGAUUAACCACAAAGAUUUUAGUAAUAAGAUUUGUCGUACGAGGAAA